AUGGAUUCAACGGUGGCCCGCAUAGUUGGCAACCUUGGCUGCGCUCCAAGACGGUGGCGCUCCAAGUCUUUGUGCCUAUUGCUGCUGGCCGCAGCCUCCGUGUGCACGCGCUCCAACCCCGCAGCGCUGAACGCGGAGGUGCCGGCGAACCUGGGCGAGAUCAACGGGGAGUGCUGGGAUGCGUCGUCGUUAGCGGUCAUCGAAGUGCGCCGACUACGCAUCGCAGACACGGUCGGGGGGUUCUGGGACUUCAUGACGUACCUGCGCGCGUCCCAGCUGCCCAAGCACCAGGACCUGUUUAUGAAGCUCGCGCAGGUCUUCUGGGAGCGCUACGUGGACUGUGUGCUCUCCCGCGCGCAUGGUCUCGGCAGGAGGGCCGGUGUGUCACCGAGAGAGCGCAUCUUGUGUUCUCACAACGCUGCGCCGCCGUGUUAG